AUGCUGUCGACCUCGACGGUCAACGGGAUGGCGGCCGUCACUCGACGCCGCCACCUCCCCUCCGACUGCUUUCUCCCAGCACUUGGCCACCUCGCCGUCUUCCUCCUCCUCGCCAUGCCGGCGGCGGCGGCCCAGGCCGAGGGAACGCAGUCUCUCUCGUCGGCAAAAGACUUUAGCUCCCUCCGGCCGUGCGCCAAGUCCUGCUUUUGGAGGACCAACUUCCAGACGCGGACGUAUGACUACCUGGGCUCAACGCUCAAGUGCGAGCUCACGACGACGGAAUUCCAGACCAUCUCGGUGGCCAUGAACGGCUGCUACUGCCGGACCGACCUUCAAGCCAAUGCGUACCAGAGCCUGUCGCGAUGCGUCUCCCGAUUCUGCAGCGGGAACUCGAAUGAUUUAUCCAGCGCGGCGAGCAUAUACAGCAGCUACUGCACGUCCAACGGAUUCAUAGCCAACAACGAGGCCGCCGCGACCGGCGCAGGGGACCAGGGCGGCGCGGAUGACGGCCAGGGCGGGAGCGGGUCACCGCAGAAGACGGGCGGAGGGGGCGACUCGAACUCUGGUGCGGAGAUGGGAUCGGCGGGGAGAGGAAUGCUCGUCAUCGGACUGUGCCUGGCUCUGUUUGGCCGGCUCGACGUGUCCUGGUGA